CUAAUCCAGUAGUUGAGGGAAUUUCCGUCGAUUGGGCGAUAAGGGGGCGCUCGCUGCCCCGCUGCAUCUCCCCUUUGAAAUGCACAGGGGCCACCGCAGGCUCUUGUAUGUUUCCAAGGCAGAGGAGCCGCAGUUGGGACCAGCAGGAGCAGAGGAUCCUGCUGUGGAGACGGCAGAGGAAGCUAAGGAACCAGCAGAAGCAGAUAUCAAUGAGCUUUGCAAGGAUAUGUUCAGCAAAAUGGCCACUUACUUAACAGGUGAACUGACAGCCACCAGUGAAGACUACAAACUUCUGGAAAACAUGAACAAGCUGACUAGCUUGAAAUAUCUGGAAAUGAAAGAUAUUGCCGUAAACAUUAGUCGAAACCUGAAAGACCUAAAUCAAAAGUAUGCUGGUCUUCAGCCAUAUCUGGAACAAAUCAACCUGAUAGAAGAGCAGGUGGCAGCUCUUGAGCAGGCAGCCUACAAGCUGGAUGCCUAUUCGAAAAAACUGGAAGCCAAGUACAAAAAACUAGAGAAACGAUGAAAUUUCUACAACAAAAGGACGCUUUUUCCUAAAAUACAAAAAUUGGGUCAUGACUCAGGUGGACUUGUCAUAUUCCUAAGGUUUGAACUGCACCAAAUGUACAAGUUGUUAUUGUGGAACACUGAAGUAGCCAGGGGAUGCCUUGGCAAAGUAUUUACGUAUAGCAGAUGUCAGACUAGUAAUGUUGCUGUGUGUCUAUUCCUUCUGAGGCUAGGAAACCUUCCCGUUUCUCAGGAAAUUGCUUUUUUACUGCCGCUGUUAUUGAGCUACAUUCAGAAGCUGAAAUCUACACUACACUGAGCUCUGGAGAGUUGCCAUAAGACAGUGUUCAAAUGUAAUAUGUCCUGAGUUCUAUAUGACCUAUGGCCUUGUAGAAAACUUCCCCCGUAGUCUACCAAUGCAUUCUGCUCUACAGCUGCAGGACCUGUAUUUCCCCUGUUCCACUGCUUCCUUUUCCUCACUUAGAGCCCUACGUCUAUCAGAAAUACUCUUUCCAUCUGUACUGUCUAAAGAUCGGUUUUCAGAGGUAUGAGCAAUGGACCCUCUUACAUUUGUCUUGGUACCCAGGUUGCCUGUUGAAAUGGGAAGAAUAGUUAUGAUAGCUCUACAAUAAAACUUUUCUCCCCUGCAAAUGUC